AUGGGUGAGCUGGCAACCAUCAUCCAGAAGUCCCUAGAAUCCAACUUCGCGAACGCCACAGCUCGUGUUGUGGACUGCCCAGACCUACGCCAACCCCCUUUCAACCUCGCUGCGGCCGGUCUCUCAGGAAACCCAUGUAUCGCCGAUAUUGGUGGACAGGCCAAUCUAUUCCCACGCCCAAAUCUCAAUGCCAAGUACUCAUUUCUGUCACUUGCAAAGGAUAUGCAAAUGUCACCCACCGGGGGCUCUCUGAUCGGCGCAGGCGCGGCUCCGUUUCACGACCUCGGCCAUAAUGCCGAGCUCGCUCCGAAUGUUUCUUGGAGCUCGGAAGCGGAUUUACCGGAAUUUGAUAACCCAUCUUCGUUGAGAAUCAUUAAUAACACUCGGGUUAUUGAAGUUGACCCCGAGGGCUUGUCAUCGUGUCACCAUGCCACCAGUACAAAUUGUGCGCUUAUGAUGAAUUUGUAUGGGUCAACUGGUGAUCCGGGUCCAGUGCUUAAGGUUUCGGCGAGAGGACGAACUGGUGAUCAGAACUUCACCAACUGUAUUCGUCUUGGACUUCGAGAUUACUAUGGGAAUUCGAAUCCGAUCAGUCUUGGCGGGGUAUUUCUUCUCAAGUCUGGCAAGGCCAAAUUUCAUAUUAUGCCUGACUUUCCAGAAGAUCUACCUUUUCAAGAUCGAGAGCAGUUGGAGAAGCGUUGGCUCACGUAUCAUGUAUUUGAUGCCCCUGUCGUGUGCUUGACCGUAAUGCAUAGUGCUGAUCCUGAGAGCUUGGGGUUGCGGAUGGAACACACCCAUUGUUUUGAUGCUGAAAGUGGUCGCAAAGGCGGCCAUUAUCAUUAUGAUGUUCCUGAUGAGGAAGAAGUCGAAUAUGAGGCCUAUUUGCAUCCUGCUUCUAUACUUUAUAGGAUUGAUCGACCAAUUUGA